AUGACCACUCAGAACAUUCAAGAGUGGUCCUUUUCAAGUAGUUUUCCUUUACCUUGUAGAGUUCUCAUAAUUACAACUGCUGGACUUUGGGCUUGGGGUACUAAUCUGCAAAUACUUUCAUGGGCAUCUAUAGACGCACAUGCUAUCUUAACUGGUGACAAAAAAAAAUAUCCUUAUUAUAAACCCAUUUAUAAAUGUUUUCAAAGGGUAGUAUUUUCUGGGCUCGAUACGGAAGUUUAUCUUUGUGACAAAAUAUUGGCUGAUAUAAUGACAAGCUAUGCAAAAGUAUUUGGCGAUUUGUAUAAGACUAUGUGUAUUUUGUUUAUUUAUGGUGCAAUCCAAGAAGAUAUAGGAAAUAAAUAUUAUGCCUAUGUGUUCGCUCCUUUAAUCACAAGCUUUCCGUACUUUAUUCGAUUCAAACAGUGUAUCGCAGAGUACCUAAAUCCCAAAGAUCCUAAAAAACCAAACCGCGAACAUUUAUUUAAUGCCCUCAAGUAUUGUUCUGCUUUCCCCGUAAUAUUGUUUUCCGCAUUACAAAAAUGGUAUAAAUUCAGAAGUGAUGAAGUUGAUGUAUCGGCCAGUUGGAUUACUCCAUCAAUCAUAUUUGAUUUAUGGAUUAUUUCCGUUGCAGUUAAUUCAAUAUACUCUUUUUAUUGGGAUGUUGCAAAAGACUGGAAGCUCGCAAUUUUCACUCCAGCAUCUCCUCAUUAUUUAUUGGUUCCCAGUUUUAAACUUCGUUCAAACUUGACCUUCGAAAAGUCCUUAUAUUAUAUUGCCAUAUUUCUUAACUUUUUACUUCGAUUCACAUGGUCACUAAAACUUUCUUCGCACUUACAUAUUAUUAAUUAUUUGGAACCUAGCGUGUUUUUAAUGGAAUGUUUGGAAGUUACUAGGCGUUGGCUAUGGAUAUUUUUUAGAUUAGAGAGUGAAUGGAUUGAAACUGAUAAAACUACAUAUAUACCUCUUGGAAAUACCGCUUGA